AUGGGCGUCUGCGAUCGAAUCCAAAUCCUCAACUUCGAGGUAGACCCCGAGGAUGUGAGCGACUACCGGAUCUUGGUCGACGGCAAGUCUUUCAAAUAUGUCACCAUUGACGCGAGCGUCUACGACCUCGAAGACAUGACUUGGGACCGUUUGAUGGUCCCGCAGCUCCCACCAAUGCCCCCAGGUGACUGGAACACAGGGCAUGUCGCAACGCACCCGGAGCAAGGCACCCCUUAUUUCUCUCGCUAUGCGAAGGUCGAGCUCCCGACCAUCGUCAGUACAUGGCAUCCCGUGCGGAUCGACUGGCUCGACCUGGAGGGGAGGCAACAACUUCGCAGCAAUAUCUAUACUGCGACUCUCAAAAAGGACAUUGGAGGAAUGAGAGCCGGACACGAGGUGCUCAUCAAAUUUGCCAGGUUUCCAUGGGAAAUGCAGUACUUUGAGGAUGAAACAAAGGUUUAUCAACGUCUUGACGGGCAGGGAAUCGCGCCACAAUUCCUGGGCCAUUUGACAGAAGAAGGGAGAGUCAUGGGCUUAGUGAUCGAGUACAUCAAGGACGCACGACACGCGGGGCCAGAAGACGUGGACGUAUGUCACGAUACUUUGGGGAACUUACACCGACUCGGCAUGUUACACGGAGAUGUGAACAGACACAAUUUUCUUGUCCGCGAAGUUGGUGGCCGCGGCAAAACCGUUACAAUGGUCGAUCUCGAGACUGCCUCUGAAUGUACCGACCCUGAGGCGUUUGAGGAUGAAAUUGACCGUCUUCGCGAGGAGCUCCGCUCGACUGAUGGCAAGGGAGGGUAUCAUGUCGAAAUUGUCAAUGAGGAAGACUAG